GUUACGAUCCCCAGGUCACACAAAAAUCACCACCACCAAUGCCUCGGACCAAUUGACCAUUAUGCCCAAACUUUCCCUCUCCACCCUCCUCACCUCCCUCUUCUACCUCCUUCCGCUCUACCUCUUCGUCAUCGCUCCCCUCCUCCGCCAACUCUUCCCAGUAACCCAGGACAUCUUCGAUCCAGACACCGACGCAACAACAGAAAGCGACAUCUCACUGGACCCCGAGAUUCUCAGCCUCCCAGACGGAAUCAUCCCAACAUGUCCCGAAGACACCUACCGAGUCCACCUCCUCUCCAAGGACCCGCUAAUCAUCUACAUUGAAGAUUUCCUCUCCACCUCCGAAGCCGAUCACCUAGUAAAGAUAAGUGAACCAAACUACUCCCCCUCAAUAAUCUACAACGGCCAAACCACCAAAGUCGACCCCUCAACCCGACUCUCCGACCGCGCCCUCCUCCCCCGCGACAACACCGUCCGGUGCCUCGAAUCCCGCGCCGCCGCCUUCCAAGGCUGGAAACCACACCUCUACAUCGAGCGCAUGUGGGCCCAACGCUACAACGUCUCCGGUCACUACAAGCACCACUUCGACUGGGCGGGUUCUGUUGCCCGCGGCGGCGACAGACUCAGCACGUUCAUGGUAUACCUAGGCGAUGAGUGCGAAGGCGGGGGCACGAAUUUCCCCCGUCUGAAGAUGCCGCGCGGAGAACAGUGGUGUCGGUUUCUGGACUGCGAGAUGGCUCAGAAUGAGAAUGUAUCUGGGAUCACUUUCAAGCCUAUCAAGGGGAACGCCAUCUUCUGGGAGAACCUGAGGUCAGAUGGGACAGGGUAUCCGGAGACAUGGCAUGCUGCGUUUCCGGUCACUCAGGGGAUGAAGGUCGGGUUGAAUAUUUGGAGUUGGUAUCAGCCGCCGUCUAGAGGGAGGAGGUAAGUUCGGUGAUCGUAUUGGACUUUUGGGUAUAUUGGACAGAACGCCUGUGUUUGUAUAUUAUGUAUCAUCUAUGUCGUGUAUUUUAGUUGUAUCCUGGAACGAUAUAUAGCUCG